AUGGCUGCCGCUUCUGCAUGCGCCAUCAUUCCUCUUUCCUGUUUUCCCGCCGUGAAAUGCGCUCCAUUACGUCGCGAUAGCAGGGUGCUUGGCGGAUCGCUAAGCCACAGCGCCUCGAACUUAAAGCCACACAGACUCCACACGCCGCGGCUCGUCGGCAGUCGCAUCGCGUCCUCAGGCCGCGCCGUCACAGCAGCCGGUGGUGGCGGCUCGAGCGACAGGAAGAACGCUGACGUCAACAAGGUGGCGGUGCUCCGGGAGCUUCUCACGUCACCAGGGAUCAAAUGCGCGCCGGCGUGCCACGAUGGACUGAGCGCGCGACUGACGGAAGCGGCCGGUUUCAAGCUGGCGUUCAUGAGCGGAUUUGCCGUCUCGGCCACAAGAGCUGGGCUCCCAGACACGGGGCUGCUCUCAUACGGCGAGAUGGUGGAGGCAGGCCGGCUCAUCGCGUCUGCUGCUCCCGGCAUCCCGGUGAUAGGCGAUGGCGACACGGGGUACGGCAACGCUGUCAACGUGCGACGCACCGUGCGGGGGUACAGGCAGGCUGGCAUGGCGGGGAUCAUCAUUGAAGACCAGGCGUGGCCCAAGGCGUGUGGGCACACGGCGGGGCGCAGGGUGGUGGGGCGGGACGAGGCAGUCAUGCGCAUCCGAGCAGCAGCAGAUGAGCGCGACGAGGGGCAGGGAGACAUUGUCAUCGUCGCACGGUCGGAUGCUUGUCAGGCUGUGUCACUGGACGAGGCGCUGUGGCGGGCAGCAGCGUUUGCCGACGCGGGGGCGGACAUGGUGUUCAUUGAUGCGCUGGGGUCGGAGGAGGACAUGCGCGCCUUUGUGCGCGCCGUACCAAACACCCCCAAGCUGAUCAAUCAGUUGGAGGGCGGCGGUCGAACGCCCAUCCUCUCCCCACAGCAGCUGGAGGACAUGGGCUUUGCCAUUGCUGUCUACCCUCUCUCCCUCGUGGGCGUCUGCACUCGGGCCAUGCAGGACGCGCUGUCAGCCCUGGCCUCUGGUCGACUACCCCGCCCUUCUCUCCUCCCCCCCUUUGAAGAACUCAAAGAGGCUGUUGGUUUCCCGGAGUACCUUGCUCUUGAGGAGCGGUACAAAACGGUGGAGGACGAUGAUGGGAGUAGCUGGAGCAGUGGGAGAAGCAGGAGGAGGAGCGAUAGUGAUGAUGCGGAUGCUGCUGCGGCUGCUGCUGCGUCGGCGCGAGCGGCGGCAGAAGCACAAGCAGAGGAGGCAGCCGCAGCAGCCCGAGCAGCAGCGGCAGAUGCAGCAGCAGCUGCUGCUGCAGCGGCAGCUGGUGCGAACUGGCAGCAGCAGCAGCAGCAACAGCAAUACCAGUCGCAGCAGCAACAAUCCCAAUCCCAACAGCAGCAGCAGCAGCAGCAGUGGGAUGUGGUGGAGCCUAUGGUUAUAGAACCCGAUGAAACACCAGGAACUGGAUCCGAAGGCUGGAAGAACCUCGAGAGGACCCGCAGCAGCAGCGGCGGCGGCGGUGGUGGGUGGGGAAACUGGACGCGGGUGCUGCGAGUGCAAGUGCUCGGCCAGAACAACAUCACCAAGCUCGACUUCCGUGUGCCGGCUGGCUUUCUAGGGAGUCUUGCCAACACCAUUCCAGCCGUUGCGGGCAUUGAUCUGGCAGGCAUGGUGGAGCGAGCAGCAACGCGGGCACAGUCAGAGGGGGGAGGCGGAGGGGAUGAUGAGGUGGUGGUGGUGGAUUUCAAAGACAAGACCACGGGCGACCGCGUGCGCAUCCUGCUGGAGUGA